UCCAUUGUUUGCUUCUUACAGCAACUUGCUGGGAAAGUUCCAUCUGUACACAUUGCUACUCGUUCCGGCUGCCAUUGGGGGCAGCGUCUGUGCUUGCUUCCCCAGGCGCGUGAAGCAUCUGCAGCACACGGCUAUAUUUCAGUCGCUCAUUGAGAGUCUUCUGCUGCAUUCCAAUCCGCUGGCCAGAGCCGUUACUCUCUGCCUGCCCCUGCAGGCCCUGAUCUUCAUGAGCUGCAGCGCCGUUGUCCUGGAGGGCAAACGGAGACGCGUUGGCCAUAAUGGCUUUUGGUUCCUAACGCCCGACGCUGCACCGCCCGUUGAUACUCCUCAUCGCCAUGGCAAGGGAUGCACACACGCCGAGCCCGACUGUUCUCUCCACUUGGUGUGUGGCAUACGCAACUAUCUGGUGAUUGGACUCCUUUUGGAUCUCUUCAGGGCCAUUAUCAGCUGCACAAACGAAGGCGAGUGGCACUUGAGGCAUCUUAGACUCCAAUCAACCGCCUGGCUGGGCUGCUACGUGGGCAUCUACAGGGCCGUUCACUGCCUUUUGCGGCACAGUCCCGUGGGACUCAGGGACUCGUUCAGGCAUCCCUUGGCUGGCUUCCUGGGGGGCCUCAGCUAUCUGCUCUAUCCGAAACCCACCAUUUUAAGCUACGCCCUGCUGGAGGCCAUUCGCACACUGUGGGCGAGCCGCCAAGCAGCGAAGAAGGAGCCAAACAAGCGUCAGGGCUAUGGCUUUGGCGAUGUGGCGUUUCCCGCUGCCCUGGCAUACCUCAUACACAACUACGUGCUGCCGUUCCAGCGGGUCAGCGUACUCUCCGGCGUCAUCAUCGACAGCACCACAGCCAACUACGCAUUAAACAUAAGAAAGCGCCUCGCCCGCCUGUGCUGAAUCGAUUAUAGAGUAGUUCUGUUUGUGUGUUAUGUGUGCAUUCCGUUCAAAUAAACUUUUCCAAUGUUUUGCA